CAAAAAUCAAACCCUUAAGUUAAUUUAAAAGAGAUUAUUCUUCUUCGAUUCCAGCGAAGGAAAAAAAGCUUAUUCCUCGUGAGCACUACCUUCUCACUCCUCAUUCUCAUUCCAUUCUUCUUCUCCUCCCUCCUCCCCCCCCCCUCCCCAUCCAUCAAAGCUCGCAGCUUUUCGAUGACGUCGGAUGGUGCUACAUCCACAUCAGCAGGAGCAGCUGCUGCGGCCGCAGCGGCAGCAGCGAGGAGGAAACCGUCGUGGAGGGAGAGGGAGAACAAUCGGAGGAGAGAGAGAAGGAGAAGAGCCAUAGCUGCGAAGAUAUACACCGGUCUAAGAGCACAAGGUGAUUACAAUCUCCCCAAACAUUGCGACAACAACGAAGUCCUCAAGGCUCUCUGUUCCGAAGCUGGUUGGAUCGUCGAAGAAGACGGCACCACUUACCGCAAGGGAUGCAGCAGGCCUCCUCCUCCAUACUCAUCAUCACAAAACCAGAGUCCUCUCUCUUCGGCUUUUCAAAGUCCCAUCCCUUCUUACCAAGUCAGCCCAUCUUCCUCAUCUUUCCCCAGCCCAUCUCGCGGUGAGCCCAUCAACACCACCUUCUUCCCUUUCCUCAGCAACAACGGUGGCAUUCCUUCUUCCCUAAGAAUCUCAAACAGUUGCCCCGUUACUCCACCCCUCUCCUCUCCGACCUCCAAGAACCCUUUGCCUAACUGGGACUCCAUCGCUAAGCAGUCAAUGGUCAACGCGAAACAAUCUAUGGCCUCUUUUAACUAUCCUUUCUAUGCGGUUUCUGCACCCGCUAGUCCAACGCGUCGCCAGUAUUUUCACACACCGGUUACGAUACCUGAAUGUGAUGAGUCUGAUUCCUCAACUGUCGACUCUGGUCACUGGAUAAGCUUUCAGAAGUUUGCGCAACAGCAGCCAUUCUCUGGCUCUGUGGUGCCAACUUCUCCUACCUUCAACCUUGUGAAACCUCCUCCUCCUGUGCCUCAGCAGAUGUCUCCAAACGCUGCAGCCUUCCAAGGGAUUAUUGGUCAAAGCUCUGAGUUUAAGUUUGAGAACAGCCAAGUUAAGCCGUGGGAAGGAGAGAGGAUACAUGAUGUUGGUAUGGAGGAUCUGGAGCUUACUCUUGGAAACGGCAAGGCUCGUGGUUGAUUUGUGAAUGAAUUUGACAAAGCUAUUCUUCUUCUGAUCAAACAAGUCACAUGGAAAGGAGAUCCAGUUCGGUUUUGGGUUCUUUCUCAGUCUCAGCAUUACAUUCUUGGUAUCUGAAGCAAGACGUGAGAUGAUCAUUCACAAUGCCAGAGACCUGCAAGAAGGAAUAAAUAACUGUAGGACCAACGCAGCGGAACCCUCUCUGCAUCAUGUCUUUGCUUAUGUACUCCGCCUUUGGCGACUUAACGGGUACUUGACGGCCAUAGCGGUAUCCGUUUCUUAGUGGUUUGUGGUUCACAAAUCUCCAACAGUAGUUGCUGAAUGAUCCAAACUCUUGCUUGACCUGUUUUUCAAUUUUACAAUCUAUUAUUAAGUCAAAACGUUCACAACUUAUGUAGCAAAACAAAACACACGAUCUAUCUAUCUAUACCUUGAGAACUGA